AUGGAUCGCAAAGACAUAAAAGUUGUCGGUCGUCGGUCCCGGAAAUCCCAACGGCACAAUCUGUCAAAACUCAAAAGAUGUCAAAAGACGUCAAAAAAGGAAUGGUGCACGAAAGAACGUUGCAUGGAAGGAUCAACCCUUCCCGAACCCCAAGAUCUUGCCUCAAUAAAACAUCCGAACGAUGAUGAGAGUCAGAUUUCCCCCGAUUUGGCUACAGGAAAUAAUGCCAACAAAAUUCCAGCUCUUGUUCAUACACUUUAUUACUCACAAGUAGUAAUGAUUUAA